AUUGAGCAAGAAGUGAUAUUUACAUAGAAAACAAGUAAAUCUUGUUUACACCUGUGGCGUCACCAGCGACAAUGGGAGGCCGAGGAGGUGCGCGUUACUCAUCUAAAAGCAUCGUUAUUCAGACCAAUGCCAACGGUACAAGGCAGUAUUUUGAGCAUGAUGACCGAGGUGGCAACAGAGGUGGAGCCGGAGGUGGAAGGGGAAACUAUAGGAGUGGUUACAGAAACAACCCCAAAGGCCGAAUGAGUGGAAGAGGAGGAAGAAAUAGAGAAGGCUGGGAUGGUGACCGAGGAGGCGGCCGCAUGCCAGAAGGCCACUGGCGAGGGAACCCAAGGCGUGGAGGCUCCAAUCGGCCUUAUAGACCCCAAGGACCUCACUAUCCCGAUGAUGAUGUUGAUAUGUCCGAAGGAAAAGAGAGAAAUAG